GAAGACUAGAGAGAGAGAGGGAGAGACAGGGAGAGGGAGAGAGGGAGGGUGAAGUCACGUGACCCGCCGCCAUGAUGCAUGCAGAGAGGGGCCACACCGUGCUUAUAUUCCUCAAUUUCCACCAUGUAGGAGGCCAAUAGACACCAGGCAGCAAGGCAGCCAACACAAGCAAGGAGGAGGAGGCGAGGCGAGGCACCAGGUGGGCCAUCCCUGCAGUGCCACAGACCACACCAGCACCAGUAACCCCCUGCCACAAUAAUGAAUGGGGAUACCACCGACACUACCCUCCCUGGCACCACUACCACCACCACCACCACCACCCCAGUCAGACGCUCGGGACGGACUCGCAAACCUAACUCGCGAUUUGCCGACGACGAGGUGGACAGUUGCUUUAAGAAGAUUGUGUCUGGGUUAGCGUCGCCUGAGUGCACCUCCGCCCCCCCAACCCCCACCCCAGGCCGCCCCAGGAAGGCCACGGCACGGAGGAAGGACAGCCGGAGCGAGGAGGUGGAGGAGAAGAGUGACCGGGGGAGGAAGGAUACCAAGGAGGAGGAGGAGGAAGGGAGGAAACUGAGUGAGGACUGUGAGGAGAAGAGGAAGAGGAAGGAGAGGAUUGAGGAGGUGGAGGAGAGAGGUGACAAGGAGAGGAGUGAAGAUGAUUUUGAGGAAAGAGGCGAGAGGAGGAAAGAGGACGUGGAGGAGAAGAAGGAGAAGAGGAGGAAGAAAGAUAACCAAGAGGACAGCAAAGAGGAGCCCUGCCACGCCCUUCCCAAUGGUCUGGAGGUGGACGGGGAGGCUGAGGAGUGCACGAGGAUGACAAGAAGUGGCAGACCAGUGGAGGAAACCCGGAGGAAAACCAGGAAGAGAGGGAGAGGCAAGGAGGAGAACCAGGGAGAACUAGAGGAAGAAGAAGGUAAACAAGAAACAAAGCUAACAAAACCAGAAACUUCACCUGUUGAGCUAAACGAAGAUAAAAUGACAGGUAAAGAGAAUGUGGAGGACGCAACACACCUGACACCCACCACCCAUGACACACCUGACACCCAUGACACACCUGACUCAUUACCUGCCUGCGAUAGAGGUGAGAGACUCGGCCAGGCGGAGAAAGCAGAGGUGAAGGAGUGCCAGGAAAGUGAGCAGGACAAGGCACCUUCACAGACACACACACACACAGACACCUCACAGGAUACCCUCAGUGUUGUAUCCUCACCAUCCAUCAUCACCAAUGGAACUGUCACCACCACCAACACCACCAACACCACAUCUAUAGACACCAUCACCACCACCACCACCACCACUGCUGCCACUGCCAUCAACACCACCAUCUCUACCAUCGCCAUCCCCACCACCACCAUGCCCACCACCACACACACACCACAAUCCACAGCCUCUUCUGAGUUACCCACUGACCCCAGGCUUAACAGGGGGACACGCACCUCCCCUGUGGUACUCCUGGCAGGGCGGGGGGUGUCUGACGUGCAGGGUGGUGUUAAUACUACCCCUGCUAUACCCACACCUCCUCUGCCAAACAUAGGGAGGGGGGGAGAGGCACCACAGGGCAGCCCACAGGGGAACGCCAGCCAGGAGUUAAAGAGAAUCGAGAAUAUUCCACUCCCUCCUGAUUUGUGCAAGGAGGAGAAGAGAGUGGGAGGGAAGAGAGAGAGGAGAGAGAAGGAGGAAAGUACAAGUGAGCCUCAGAAAGUAGAGGAAAAGGAGGAGGAAGUGCCAAGCUCCCCAGCGUCCAAACGGAGGAAAGAAGCGGACGUGGUGAGGAAAGAUAAGGCGGAGGAAAGCAAGGAGGAGGAAACCAAGAGGAAGAGACUCAUGGACGCCAAGGAGGAGGACAAGAGGAAGCGGAGGAAAGUGGAGGAAACUGAAGAGAAGAAGGAGGAGAAGGAGGAAAAUACACCUAAGAACAAUAAAGAAACACCAUCGACACCCUGCACUGACAAUAAACCGCCUGCUGCUAUUCCUACCUCUAUCCCAACCCCUGUCCCUACCCCUGUUCCAGCCCCUGUACCAACCCCUGCCCCUAUCCCUGUCCCGGCUCCUGUCCCUGCCCCUGUCCCUGCCACAGUCCCUCCCUUGCCACCCCUGCCCAAGAAAACCACAGGAGGCACCCCACAGAACUCCCCAAAGACCAGGAGAGAAAGUAAGGACUCCCGCGAUUCCUUACCCUCGCCUAAGAUUGACCGAGAGAGCCAGAAGGAUAAGGACUCACCAAGACGCAACCGAGAGUCCUUACGCAACAAAACCACCACCUUGGACUCCCCCAGGGACACGAAGGACCCGCGGGGAGGCAAGGAAUCCAUCAAAGACACUGUGAACUCCCUCAAAAGUGACACAAGCUCAGGUCAGGGUGAUGAGGCAGCCAGGGAAGGGUGUGAGGGUGACAAAAGGGUGUUGGGUGAGUCAGGGAGGAACAUGAGGGUGAGGGAGGAGAGUGCCAAGGGUGAGAAGGGUGUGGUGAAGGGAAGGGAGAGUGGGAAGAGUGACAAAGAGGUGAAGGGUAAAGAUGAGCUUAAAAAUGUGAAGAGUGAGAAGGAGAAGAGUGUAAAGAGUGAGAAAGAGGUGAAUAAGAGUGAGAGAACGUCAAACACAAGGAGCAACAAGAGCGAGAAAGACACAGCGAAGAAUAAAGAAGACACGAAGACGAACAAAACAGAGAGAGACGGUAAAAGCAAAGACGAACCCGCCAAGACUGCAAUAAAAACCGAGAAGGAAAUUGGCGACAAAAACGACAAAAACCAGGAGGAAACACAAACAAACAAACAAACAAACGAACAUACAACACCAAGCCUCUUUCCAACACAGGAGGGCGACAUCACCGGAACAGGCAUGGGGGUGUUCUUGGGGCUAUCAUCCGCCUCCACCACCACCAUACCCUUCCUGGAGGACACCGCAGGCACGACAGAAGAGAUCCCAGGCCUGUCCAUCCUUGCCGCCAGUGACACCCCUCGCAGACUGCCACCCAAGAAGGAACAAUCACAUAGGAGCUGGUUUGCUAUAGGAUCCGGCCGCAGGAACCAGGAGGCGAAGGAGAAGGAGGAGGAGAAGGAGAAUGUGAAGGAGGAGGAGGAAGAGGAACCAGUGAAAGAGGAGAAGAUAUCGGAGGAGGAUGAGGCGCAGAAACGGAAGGAGGCGGAGGAGAGGGAUGCGAGGAAUCGAGUUGUGGUGGAGGGGCGACUCAAGACCUUCACAGCGCUGCAGGAGAACGUGUACAUCGGGGAGAGGAAGAGGAGCAAGAGGAACAAGGAGGUGCGGAGAAUGGUGUGCGACUGUUCACUCACCAAGGAGGAGAUGGAGCGCGACGAGGUGGGCUGCGGCGACGACUGCCUCAACAGACUCCUUAUGAUUGAGUGUGGGUCGAGGUGUCCGCUGGGAGACCACUGCAUCAACAAGCGCUUCCAGAACCGCCAGUAUGGGGACGUGGAGGUCUUCAAUGCCGAGGAGAAGGGGUGCGGCCUACGUGCUUGCUCUGAUAUGCCUCCAGGCACCUUCAUCAUGGAGUACGUGGGCGAGGUUUUUGACACGAGGGAAUUUAAGAAGCGUAGGAAGGAGUACGCUCGGGACAUGAGGGACCACUUCUACUUCAUGGCCCUCAAGUCGGACCAGCUCAUCGACGCCACCAGGAUGGGCAACAUUUCCAGGUUCAUCAAUCACUCCUGUGACCCCAAUGCUGAGACACAGAAGUGGACCGUGAAUGGCGACUUGAGGAUUGGGUUUUUCUCCAAGCGGUUCAUUGCGGCCGGGGAGGAGAUCAACUUUGACUACCGACUGGAGAGAUACGGCCGGGAGCCCCAGCGGUGCUACUGCGGUGUUGCCAUCUGCCGGGGGUGGCUGGGCGAGGCUCCCGAUGAACAGACCAAGGAGGAGAAGGACGAGGCACGCAGGAAAGAGGAGAGGGACAGGAGAAAGAGAGAGGAGAGGAGAGCAUUCUUUGAGGAUAUUGAUCUGGAGGAGGAGAUAGAGAAGCUCAACUCCCACAAGCUAAGGAACCGUCAGGACACACUCAACCUGUCCAGGCUCAUGGUGCGCGCCGAGGACUUCACCUCCCGCGUGCUGCUCCUCCAACUGCUGCAGACUGGGGAGCCGGCGUGUCGAAGGCUGUUCCUCGAUUACCACGGCCUCAAGGUGCUCUGGUCCUGGAUGGCAGAUCUCGGCCUCUCCCAGCAGCACACUAUGUUGAAGUUGGAGAUCCUGCAGACCCUGGAGGUGCUGCCCAUCACCAACAAGACUCAGCUCACCGACAGCCGCGUUCUGUCCUUGGUGGAGCGUUGGAGUGGUCAGGCAGGAUACACCCCCUCCUCCACCACCUCCUGCAGCCUCUCCCCUCCUCCGCCGCCCCCUCCCAAGACUGACGAGCCCUCCCUACCUCCCCCUGCUACGGCUCUUACCACAGAAACAGACCCCAAUAAAAAGUCAAGUGACACCAGUGAGGAGUCAGACAGCGAGACAGACCCCAAGCUGGCCAUUGAAGCAUCCAGCGCCGACGACAGCAGCAUGGACUCGGAGGUGGAGAACCCCAAGGCAAGCGUGGAAGAGGAGAGCAGCGAUUCCAACGACGCCAAGGAUGCUGCCGCUGCUGCCACCACCACCGAGGACAAACUGAGGGUGGAGAGGCUGUCCGAUGAGGAGAAGGAAGCGCAGGAGUUACUGGAGCUUCACAAGUCGAUGGUUGCGCUCGCCAUGAAGCUUCUCGACGCCUGGAAGAACCUUAAAGAGUUCUUCCGCAUCCCCAAGAAGGAGCGGAUAGAGAUGAUGAAGGAGCACGAGAGAGAGGUGGACCGCGGCUACAAGGAGUACCUGGACCAGGCCUCUGAGAGUGACCGUGACUCGGAACGCAAGGGGUACAAUAGACGAGAUCACCACUACGACCGUCGGCGCAGGUCACCAGAGAGAGACAAGGAGCGAUACCCAAGAGGCCGCUGCAUCUCCAGGGAGGACCGCUCGUCAGAUUCACCCAAGAUGUCCAAGGAGCAACGCCGCCAACUGUUUGAACUCAAGGUGCAGCAGCAGGAGGAGGAGGCCAAGCAGAGGAAGAUGCAGGAAGAGAUGUGGACCAUGCACGUGGACCGGUGCCGCCACCUGGGCCACGACCCCUACCUCACCCCCAUCUUUGACCCCACCUACCAGUACUUCUGGGAUCCCGUAGCUGCCAACUGGCAACCCUACACCGGCUCAGUGUUUGUGCCGGCAGACCCCAAUCUGCCGGUGCCGGCGGGCUACGGCCUCACCAAGGGCGAGGGUGAGGGUUCCCCGCUGACACUGAUGGUGCCUGGUGGCCGCAGUCACCUGCCAGGGGGCGGGGACCCCCCAGGGCUGGGUCAGGGCGGUCCCAAUGACCCCCUUAACCCCGCCAACAUUCCACUACCAGGUGAGGUGCCGGCACUGGCCGCCGGCUCCCCUUCCCAGGGCCAGGAGGGCACACCGCCCCAUGCUGCCAAGCUGCUGUCCAUCCCACUGCCGGGCGAGGUUGCCGCUGGGGAGACUGGUGCAGUGGAGGGCAGCGAGACACCCAGCGCCAUCACUGUGCACCUGCCGCCACGCUGGCGUGUGGCUCGGGACGCUGCCGGCAAUGUCUACUUCUACCACGUCAAGACGCGGGUGUCCCAGUGGGAGCCGCCGGCCAUGCUCAACUCCGCCCUGGGCUCGGACUCAUCCUCAGAGUCAUCUUCGGACUCAGAUUCUGACUCCAGCAGCACCACUGAUAGUGAAGACUUCUCCAGCGAGGAGGAGGAGGAGGAAGAGGAGGAGGCGGUGGCUGUGACCACGGAGGUCUCUGACGAGAAGAUGAUCCGGCGUCCCAAAGGCACCAAGCGGCGGCGGUCCGAAGCACUGGUGCAGGAAAGAGUCAUCAGUCCCAUCAUGGAGGUGGACAAGGAGGCAGCCAGGAGGGAGCGCAGGGAGGCCAAGGAGAGGGCGAGGGAGGAGGCGCGGCAGGAGAGGCAGGAGGAGAGGAACACCAGGGUACAGAAGGAGGAGCCACCACAGUCCCAGCCUCAGCCCCAGCAGCAACAGCAGCAGCAGCAGCAGCAGGCGGAGGGUGUGGAGGGCACGCCAGUGGUGACAACGGCAGCAUCUGUGCUGGUGGAAAAGGAGAGGGAGAGGGAGAGGGAAAGGGAGAGGGAGAGGGAGAGAAGGUCGGAGAGGCACGAGGCGAGGGCCAAGAGAGAGAAGGUAAAGAGCAAGGAACGCGCAGCCACAGCCAUCGCCGACAACAGCGAUGCAGCGCGGAAGAUCAAGGACGCAUUCCGAUCCAAGAUGGCGACCUUCAUUGUGUCCGUGCUCAACCCUUAUCGCCGAGGGGACUGUCGGGAGGGGAAGAUCACCUGCACUGAGGAUUUCAAGUACCUGGCGCGCAAGCUGACUCACUUUGUCAUGGUGAAGGAACUGAAGCAGCUGCACAGCAUUGAGGCGCUGGAAUGCAGUGAGAGCGUCAAACACAAGACUCGGGACUUUGUCAGGAAGUACAUGAGCAAGUACGGUUCGGUGUUCAAGAGAGACCCCAACGACACCAAAGAGUACUGAGUGAGUGCUGAGUCUGCCCGGCCAGCUCGACGAGUCACAAUAUGGGAGCGAAUUGUGGUGAUAGUGAUAGUGAUGGUGACAGUGAAGGCAGUCUGCAUUUCACCGCUGGUCCACAAGGCAGCACUGUGGUUGGCCAGCAUGGAAGUGACUGCUAGGUGAAUAAAGAGUGUCGUGUGGUGAUGGUCAUUCCUGCUGCCCUCUGAGUUUGACAAAGGUGAGGAGUGCCACGCUGGCAACCCGAACAGCUGUGUUGAGGCGACAGUGACAGGCUGAACUGUUUAGAAAGUGGCUCAGUGUGACAGCCAGCCAAAGAACAUAUCUAACCGGGGGAGAGUGUGGCCAGUUUGUGAAAAGAACCUGCGAGUGUUUGUGUGUCUGAGUGUGUGUGUGUAUGUGUGUAUGUGUGUGUGUGUGUCUGGCCCUCAAACAGUUAGGAGUGCCUUGAGGCGUGUGAGGUGCAAUGGUAGUGGUGUGCAGGGAAGGGGUGUGGCAGUGCUGGUACAAAGCAAAACAAGCACUGCACUUCACAGCACACAGCACCCUGGACAGAUGCAGAAAUCCAGCUUGUCAGUUAUUUAUUCUGUUGUUCAUUUAUACCUGUGGGGGAAGUGGGGAGUGGGGAGCAGGGAGGGAUGAAUGAGUGAGUGAGUGUUGUGUAGAGUGUAAAGCCCCGCCUGACGUCCUGUAUAGUAAACAUAAGAGAUGCUUAUUUCACCACUCAGGAUUGUAAGCCACACAAUCGAUCAGGAAUCCUGCUAAUGACACUACGGAUUCGCGGGAUUAUUUUGGUAUCUGUUUUUUGUAAUUAGAGUGAGAGAGGGAAACAAAAAUUACAAUCGUGAGUGACAUUUCAGUAGGGAGUGUGAAGUGGUGUGUAAAUGGGAAUGGUGAUGAGAUGCGACAUUUUUUUAGAACCUUGUCUCUGUGUGUGUGUGUGUGUGUGUGUCUGAGUGCGAAUGUGAAUGUGUGUGUGAGUGAGGGAAGAGCAACACAAGUCCGCAUAUAGUAUAAAUUGACUCUGGGUGUUCGAUUUUAUGUUAAGGAGUUUUCUGUAGAUGUUGUUGUUAAAUGUACAUAAUUUUAUGGAUGAAAAUUAAAAAAAGAAAUACUG